AUGCAAAAACCAGCUGAUAACAGACCCACCCACGUGUUGGUGGCCAACAGUGUCAGCUCUGCUCGAUAUUCCAGCAUUUUGCGUAUCCAAGGCUGCUGGAGGAAGGAGGGGAAGAGCGAGCAAGACCGAGCGUGGAGACCAAGACUCCCUGGGCAGACCUCCCAGCCAGCCAUAGAGGUGAACCCUCCCAGUAACAGGGGCUGUGGUGACCAGAACCAAGUCACUGGAGGGAAGAAUUUUGUCACCAUGGCUGUGGCCACCCCAGGAAUCCUGAGGGGCUCAGGGCCAGGCCCUGGGGAAGUGCUCGCUAAACUCGAGUAUUUGUCUCUGGUGUCCAAGGUUUGCACAGAACUGGGCAACCACUUAGGGAUCAACGACAAGGAUCUUGCUGAAUUUGUGAUCAGUUUUGCUGAGGAAAAUACCACCUUUGACACACUUAAGUCUUCCCUGGUCAAAAACGGAGCAGAAUUUCAGACCAUGUUGGAUGAAGAUGAUGUGAAGGUUGCUGUGGAUGUCUUAAAGGAACUGGAAGCCUUAAAGCCCAGGGCAUCGGGCCAAGAGAAGCAAAGACCUGCACAGCACCAGCGCAGGACAAAGAAGAGGACUCGGAGCCAACAUGGCAACCAUAACCAAGACAGUGAUCAUGACCGUCGUAAUGGAUAUAGAGAUAGGAGAGACCACAAGCCAAGGUACCAAUCCCGCUCUCAAUCGCAUUCCAGGAUCCAAGAGAGAAAUAAAGGGAAGUCUAGGAAUCAGUCCAGGAGCAAGUGUCACUGUCUGCUCAAAGACCAGAGGGACAGGGACAGGUAUGGGAAGAGGAACCUGGACAGGCGGCAGGAUAAGCAAGUGGCCCGCUCUCCCCCUGAAGGGCCUAACACGGGGGACAUCGACAAUGGCAAAGUUACCAGCAUCGUGCACUUUGAAUGCUUUGUCCGGCUAGAGGGACUAAAGAAACGGUGGGAAGGCCUGGUACACAUCUCUGAGCUCCGGCGGGAAGGCCUGGUGGCCCAUGUGGCUGAUGUGGUGAGCUUGAGCAAAGGCCAGAGAGUCAAAGUCCCAGUGCUGUCCUUCACGGGGACCAAGACCAGCCCGAGCAUGAAGGACAUGGAUCAAGAGGCGGGAGGAGAUCCACACCCAAACCAACGGGGAAAUCUGGUCGGGAAAGCCAACGAGGAAAGUUCCAUGCGGAAUCCAGACAGACCCGCUCACCUCUCCCCCGUCAGCGCCCCCAAAGGAGAGGACGACUCUCAAGAACGCAAGCACCUCUCCCGCAUCUCAGACACAGAGAAGCAGGAGAUCAGACAGAUGAUGGCGGCCAGUGCCCUUCUCAAAGAAGCGUUUGCGGACUUUGAGGAAGAGACUGGCAUCCUUCCUAGGGUGGAUGAUGAAGACGAUGAGGACCUUGAGAUUGAACUGGUUGGGGAAGAGCCUCCAUUCCUGAGAGGUCACAGCAGGCAAAGCAGGGACAUGAGCCCCAUCAAAAUUGUGAAGAACCCGGAUGGCUCUCUCCCCCAGGCUGCCAUGAUGCCCAGCGCAUGGGCCAAGGCGAGGCGGGAACUCAAGCAGGCCCAGUGGGAAGCGGAGAUGGAUUCCAUUCCCGCGGGAGUUAACCAGCAUUGGCUUGAUCCUUUGCCUGAUGUGGAAGGCAGGCAGAUUGCCACCAACAUGAGGGGCAUCGGGAUGAUGCCCAAUGACGUAGCCGAGUGGAAGAAGCAUGCCUUUGGGGGCAACAAAGCUUCUUAUGGGAAAAAGACCCAAAUGUCCACACUGGAGGGGAGGGCAAGUCUGCCCAUCCAUAAACUGCAGGAGCAGCUGGUCCAGGCUGUGCAUGGCAAUCCCAUCCUAAUUGUGACUGGAGAGACAGGAUCUGGGAAGACAACGCAGAUCACCCAGUACCUGGUAGGAGCAGGCUACAGCGGCAAGAUCGGGUGCACUCAGCCAAGAAGAGUGGCAGCCAUGUCCGUGGCCAAAAGAGCAUCGGAAGCAUUUGGUUGUUGUUUAGGUCAAGAGGUGGGCUACACCAUUCGGUUCGGGGACUGCACCAGUCCCGAGACAGUCACCAAGUAUACGGCGGAUGGCACGCUGCUCAGGGAAUGCCGGGGUGACCCCGACCCCAGUCAGUAUGCCAUCGUGAUGCUGGACGAGGCCCACGAGGGGACAAUUCACACGGACGCGCUUUGGGGGCUGCUCUAAAAGACAGUUCGGAAACGGCAGGACAUGAAGCUGAUCGUCACCUCAGCCACCUUGGACGCCGUGAAGUUUCCUCAGUCCUUCUACGAAGCACCCAUCUUCACCAUGCCAGGCCGGACACACCCCGUGGAAAUACUGUACACGAAGGAACCCGAGACAGAUUACCUGCAUGGCAGCCUCAUCACUGCCACGCAGAUCCACUUCACCCAGCCGCCGGGGGACAUCUUGGUCUUCUUAAGUGAUCAGGAAGAGAUCGACACUGCUUGUGAGAUCCUCUAUGAAAGAAUGAAGUCCCUGGGCCCUGAUGUUCCAGAGUUAAUUAUCCUCCCAGCGGACUCUGCUCUUCCCAGUGAGACGCACACCCGGAUCUUGGAGCCAGCUCCUCCUGGCGGCAGAAAGGCGGCGAUCGCCACCAAUAUCGCGGAGACAUUGCUGACUAUCGAUGGCAUCUACUACGCGGUGGACCCCGGGCUCAUGAAGCAGAAAGUUUACAAUUCUAAGGCUGGGAUUGACCAACUGGUGGUGACGCCCAUUUCUCAGGCUCGGGCUAAGCCACGAGCUGGCAGAGGCGGGAGAACCGGCCCAGGGAAGCGUUACAGGCUAUACACAGAACGCGCCUACCGAGAUGACAUGCUGGCCGCCAACACGCCGGACAUCCAGAGAACCGACUUGGUGAGCACAGUACCGUCCCUCAAGGCCAUGGGCGUCCAUGGCCUGCUGUCCUUUGACUUCAUGGACGCCCCACCGAUGGACACCUCGCUCACGGCCAUGGAACAGCUAUCCAUGCUGGGGCUCUGCAUGACGAAGGCCUGCUCGCUCGCCUGGGCUGCAGGAUGGCAGAGCUCCCUCUGGAACCGAUGCUCUGCAGAACGCUCAUCAACCUCUUCUGCAGGCCCAAGGACCAAGCACGCCCUUGCAGAUCAGAAGAAGGUGAAAUUCCUACAGAGCGAAGGGGACUACCUCACCCUGCUGGCCAUGUAUAACUCCUGGAAACACAAGCUCUCUAAGCCAUGGUGCUACGAGCACUUUCUCCAGGCCCGUUCCCUGCACCGGGCCCAGGACAUCCGGAAGCAGAUGCUAGGCAUAAUGGACAGACAGAAGCUGGAUGUGGUGUCCUGUGGCAAGUCCACAGUCCGAGUGCAGAAGGCCAUCUGCGGUGGCUUCUUCCGUAAUGCCACCAAGAGAGACCCGCACGAGGGCUACCGCACCCUGCCCGACCAGCGGGCGGGCUCCAUACCCCCUUUCAGUGCAUUCUUUCACCGACAGCCAGAAUGGGCGGUGUAUCACAAACUGGUGCUGACCACAAAGGAGUACCUGCAUGAAGUCACCACCAUGGACCCUCGUCCAACCACGCUAAGCAAGCAGCAGCAGCAGCAGCAGCAGCGACUGGAACCCCUGUAUAACCGCUACGAGGAGCCAAAUGCCUGGAGAAUAUCCCGGGCCUUCCGGCGGCGCCGAGAGGGCAAUUCCAACAGAGACCACGGAGAGACAACAGAGGAGACAUUGACAAGGACCCCGAAUGCCGAGGAGGCUCGCCUGCUCCAUCUCAAGCAGACCAUGCGCACUGACCAGAGAAAGCGGCCCUACAGCAGCUUAUCGUCUUCCCAAAGCGGUGGAUCCCAGGGCGGGAUCUGCUCUGGUAAGGUCGAAGCUCUGACCCAGAAGCAGGUCGUCUAUGGAUCCGUGCCUCGUGUGAAGAGGAGCUCCCUGGUGCAACAGACCAUUUGA